AUGAGCUGUUGGAUCCAGUGCAACGACAUUAAAGCAACCGGCGGCAACCCCCUGGACGACCCUUCCUUCAACUCGGACUGCAGCGUAGAGAAGAUCGAAAUGGUCGACGGUGUUGUGGCCAGCACCGGCUCCUGCUUCGACAGCUGGAUCUUCGGCUACGCCGACCCCCCGGAGCUCGCCGGGUUCUACCACAACGACACUUCCACCAGCGCCGCGAAGUGCCAGUUGCUUUGCCAGAGCGAUGACAGGUGCGUCCGAUUUCAAUUCACCACAACCAGCUUGGGAAUGAGCACUGCCGGCGUGCCCAGCUACCGCUGCGUUCUCAAGAACGCCGACCAGGUGGUCAGUAUACUCGAGGGCGACCCCGGCGGCCAGGGCUUUAAUUCCGACAUCUGCGACACUCAGUCGACCAAUGGCUGCUCCACCGUUGGCGAUUGCCUCAAGUGCGGCGGGAUGUACGAGAUACCUGCGACCCCCAGCACUCCUGUACCGAGUACGACCGCCACCACGACCGAACUCGCCACAACUACUACGACCAAGGCGACGACUACUACGACGAGGCCGGUGACCGUUACUAUCAAGUCUAGUGAGAAUACCACAACUACGGGCGGCGGCGGCAACGGUGCAAAGAUUGCUACGGGUGUGGUUAGUGCGGCUGGCGGUUUGGCUCCGCUCGGUGGCGCCCUUCGGUACUUCAACCGACCCGCCGAGGACACGGACGCCGCCUUUGUGGCGGAUGAGGCGCAGAUGCCUGAACUCAGAGAGCGCGAAGCCGCAGCGACUAGACAUGUAUGCGUAGGCACCUUUUUUUGGGAUGGUCAGUACUACAGCGCCGUCUGA